ACAAGCUCUUAGAGGGCACCUGGACACUGCCGCCAUCAGCGGGGGGGACACUACGGACUGACUUUUGUGCGUUUAACCCUACCUUAUAUGUUUAUUUUCAGUGCAGUCUCUCAGAUCAAUGUUCCCAUCUCUCACUGCUCUACUCAGUACUCUAUCUAUUACCCAGGUCGAAAAAUGAUUUCUGUUUUUUAUCAGUGGCCGCUAAUACCUUUGCGUACGAGCGGUCUUUUCCGCCAGUCAUUUGUAAGAAACAGUCAGACCUUACAUCGGACAACCUACAUUGUGCAUUGCCAUUGACCCAGGAAGAUGAUCGAGUUCUGAUCCAUUCUGACCAAACAAUUGCACAAGCUCCUUUGUCUGCACCAAUGGAGAGCACACCCAAGAAGUGGGUAAUGCAGCCCUUUUCUCCCAAAUUGGAGAUGAAAGACCUUAGGACACUACUGAGCCCCAGUACAAAGCAGACUGACUCAGAGACCUUGGAAGCAAGUGAUUUCAGCUAUGACAGCAUCACCGUAAUGCAUUCCCAGCCCUCCGUAACAGUGACGUCUAAUGAGGGGGACAGUCCGCGAGAUGUGGUGGUGCAGGCCAGACAGGUCUCAGUCUCUGAUGAAAGCAGUGUCAGUGGGGACUGGCAUCCCAGCAGCCCCAGCUGUCCCAGCAGCCCCAGCAGUUCAGGAUCCCACUGUGGCUUCUACUCCUUUGAGGAAAGGAGUCAUGAGGUGGAGAAGACUGAGGCUUGGAUGUCAUCCCCAGAUAGAGAGGCCAAGCUAGCAGUUCUGAAAGAGGAAAAUGGCUUCAAACUGCGGGCGUAUGUGGAGGAGAGGAAGCCGGAGAAGUUAUUUGAGGAGGUUAACGGCGAUUCCCGCUACAGGGUUGAGGAUAUAGAGGACACAGAGGAGCAGGGAGAGAUUAAAGAGAGAAUGGAGAUCAUCCGCAGCCAGGCCCCCAAGAUCAAACCUGCCUUUAAAGAGCAGUGGAGUGUACUGGAGAGCUUGGGCCUCAGUUACUCCCCUCAAAGGCUGCUGGAGGGCUUGAGCCUGAGCUUCAGCCCAGUCACAGUGGAGGUGCAGCAGACUGGGGUGGAGCCAGGCACCGUAGACACUGAGCAGAUCAGCUUCAGCACAGCACGACAGCAGUUUGUGAUGAUGGAACAAUCCAAGCGCAACCCCUUCCUGCAAAGUCCCCAGCAGAUCCUGCAAUUUCCUGAACACCAGGAAAAGCCUUCACCACCAGAGGUUAUGGUCACAUCAGGGAAUGCUUAUAAGGAUGGUCUCCCGGAGGAACAGUUGAGCCUAAGCCCAAAGUCUAACCCAGACAACAACCCAGUGUUCACCAGCGAAAUGGUGACUGUGUCUGUCCUUGAAGAGAGAGGCAUCAAGAUGCAGAGCAGCGUUGAUGACCUAGACUCUGGAUUGGAGGAUCUGUCACUAGACCCAAAUGGUGGGUAUGCUUAUGAUGGCAGUGUCUCUAAUGAAGUUUUGAGAGUUGAAAGUGCAGAUGUGCCCUCGUCCGCAAGUAAGGGAGAGACACCCAUUGAGCGAGAGAUUCGCAUCGCCCAAGAAAGGGAGGAGAGCCUCCGGCGUGAACGAGGAAUCAAGCGAACUGAUGUAAAGGAGAUGGUGGAGAUUAAGACUAAGCCUUUGCUCUCUCAGGCAAGCCCGACCCUGACACCCAUAAAAGCUAGGGAAAAAAACCGGGUGAGCUUCCUGAUACAACGAGAGAUUGAGCAAGACAGUCGAAGAGAAGAGGAUCUUCAACACCAAGGGAAGGUCCCAGGUUUAUAUGACCGUGGAACAGCCCAGGAGCUUGGGGAGAGAAAGAGAGUCUUUGAGCUACAAGAGGACCAGAUUCCAGUCACACCAACUAAGACGAGCCACACUAGGAACUUAGUGGAUGCCAAACAGGUCAGGCCAGGUGUUGAAGAGGAUAGAAAGUCUCCAGAGCCCUUUAUGUCAGUUGUGAGGACCAAGAGCCCAGAGACUGACAUACUUUCCCCUUGUUGUCCUCACCGACACCCUGAUGAAGCUGCUCUGUGGUUCACUAGUCCUGAAUAUUCAUUGCAAAGUCCUGCCAGCCGGAAGAGGGGUCAUAGCACAACACAAGCCUUACCCCAGUCUAUCCCUGCAGACACAGUCGGUGAGAGAUACACCUCUUCCAAGAGCACCUUAUUUAAUUAUUCACCAUUGAUCAAGGAAAACAAAGGAUCGGCCUCAGCAAAAGGUCUUUCCUCUUUCACAGACACCUCAUCUCCCUCCUGUGACACACACAGUACAUCGCCAUUGCAGGGACUGGCCAUUGUCGAUAAGCCCACCCUACCCUGGCAUGGUCUCUCUGAGCAGUUCAACAUGAGGCCCCGGAGGGUGGAUACUCCAGAUGCCAUCCGAAAAGAGAUUGAGUGGGACUUGAAGCGAGAGGAGGAGCAUCGAAAGCUGCGUGAAUCAGGAGGCCUUUCCCUGUCCUUGAACGGUGGCCUUGACAGCUUGGAGACAGCUUCCACUACAAUGGACUCAAGUCCCUUGCAACAUGGCGAUGAAGGCGGAACAUCUCGGCAGUGCUCGAAGGAAGAGGACGUGAGACAGGAAAAGCCUCUCCCCACUGUGCUCCCUGAGGAAUGGGUAGCCAAAAGUGGUUCCAGUCUGUCUUCCCCCUGGAGCACAGACACUGUUGACAGCAAAGAGAGUAAAUUAACCAGCCCUAUUCUCACUUCAGACAAAAUUCAAAUAAAGGGCUUUGCUUCUCUCCCGUCCUCCCCCUCUGUGCACCUGACUACGCGUUUGCCCUCCGUGUCUAUAAUGACACCCCAGCCUUGGGGUGGCCACCGACAGGGCCCCCCAGCUCUUCCCAGAGUGCCGCCCCUAACACCACAGAGUGCAGGGGUGGAGGUCGGGGGCAUUGGCACACAGAAGGGCCUUACAGAGACCCUGCUGGAGGACUUUGAGGAAAGACGGAUCAAGCUAAAGCUGGAGGAGAGCUCCUAUGCUGGGAUCCAGCCAACUGAUGAUGUGAAUAAUGAGGUCCUGGAAGCCACACGAGUCACCAGGCACAAAAACACGAGGGCUCUCCGCUGGGAAGCGGGAAUGUACACCAACGAGGACAUCAACUGAGUCCACCAACCGCUGGCAGUUACUGGGAGAGAGUGAGGAGAAAGAAGGAGAGGAAGGUACCUUGCUUGUCUUCAACGGCCUGCUCUCAAUAUACAAGAAGAUUUUCUUCCCUACUCAUCCCAGGAGUCAAACCAAACAUCAUCCUCCAUAUCUUUCUGGUCUGGCUGGACUAAUAGGCCGGCUUUCCCAUGAGACCAACCCCGUCCAAAGAUGCUCAACUCAGCUGAAAAUCCAUCUGAUUAUGGUGGAUAAUUAUCACUUGAGUUGUCAUGCAAAGCCCCAAAGUCAGCAGUCCCCCCGUUUCUCCCGAUUUCUGUGCUGGCCAAUGAAUUCACUCUCCUGAGUAUCCUUGACUCUAUCUGCACAUGACUGGGGGGCACUUUCUUUUUCCAAGGAGAAAUGGGAGAGUAAGCAGAGAAGGAGUGAGAGAGUGAGGGUGGAAAAAUGGAUGACCAUUGAAGCAGAAAAAAGCAUAAAUAACUGUCCACUGGAAAAUUCAUAAUGAAUGUUGAACAUCCUAUAAUCAAAGAAGAGUACAGUGUCUGCUUAGAAUGCAUUGGAUUUUCUGAUGGGUAUAGUGUCUAAAGUGCAGUGAUACAAAAAGCAAACAAACAAAAAAACAUAUCAGCAUAUAUCAGUUUUUUUAAUUUUUUUAUUUGCUCAGUUUGUGUCAUCACAAUACAUUUCCUGUAUUACUGGAAGAGAAACUGCCUCCAGAGCUAUUUAUAGCACGAGCAUUAGAAAACAUUGUAAAGUCACCCCUUAUUUCUAAAUGAAUUAAAUUAAUUACGUUAAAUUAAUUCCACAAGAUGCUGGAAGUAUGUUCCCAGUAUGUAACAUAAUGCAUUCUCUUCUUGUCUUCACAAUAGACUUGAAUAGGAAUAGCUAGCAAAGUGCUAAGAUGUCUGCCUUUUAACUACAUACUAGAGACAAUUUUCCCAUAAAUUGACACGAUUUGCACUGUGUUUCGUUUGGCCUCAAUAAAUGGGACAGGUCUAUUCAAAACACUGGCCAGAGAAUAUAUCUGCAAUUGUGCUUGGCCAGUACACAAUAAGUAUAUAUAAUUGUGAUGAAGUACAUUAGUCCUUCCAUGCAUGUACUUGGGUUAUGAAACAAGUCCUUUUUUUAAACAUGGUAUGGAAAUAGUUUUUAAAAGUUUUAUUUGACUGUCAGAUCAGUCUUUCUUACUUUAGGAUGACAAUAAAUAUCGCUUUUGUAUUGGUCUGUAAACAUGACUUUAAUAGAUUGAAAGCUGAACGCCUUCAGUAAAGAUAAAUUAAUUUAUACAAUAAUAUAUAGUUCAUGUAAAAUGUCUUCUGCUGCUUGUAAUACUUUUAAUAAUCAAAUAAGCAGUAUUAUGAUAGUGAAUCUAGGAAAUUCAUAUUUGAGUACAACUAGGAAAAACAUGAAAUGAAUAUACAUAUUACCUAAGGGGGUCAUGUAGUGGAGGCAACUAAAGAAAGUUUAAUUAGGUGCUGAUUGUCAUCAUUUCAGAGGCAUGGUUCAUUGUGUGUAUAGCUCAUAAUUCUAAAAAAAGAAAUACCAACCCAAAGAAGUUUUAACAAACCAUAUAACACAUAACCAUAUAAUUCCCAUUCUAUAGCUAAUAAUUCAGCAAGGUGGUGAUAUUAAAUGCAUAGGAAAUUGACAUUUUUUUCUAAUGAGGAUCAGAUGCAUUUCUGAUCACCCACAACCACCAGCAAAGGGAACCAUUCUGGCUGGAUUUCAUGAGUGGCCUUUGUUCUUGUUUUGAUCAUGCUCAGCAUUAAAAUCAGCUAUUGUCUGGAGAAAACCAUGCAUGGCAUAAUUCAAAGCUCUAUUAUGCUAUACUAAGUUUCACAAGGUACAUUAUGGAGUGUAUAAGUUAAGAUUAAUAUUUGUGUCUUGUAAGUUGAGUUUUGUAUAAUAAAUAUGUAUCUGAUUAUAUAAAGCUAAUUGCAAUUCUGAAUUGUGAUUGAAAAAUAAUAAUAAAUUCAUCAGACUCCUUGA